AUGAGCGACACUGGGCCUGAAAAAACCAAGGAAAUUCGCAGUCCAUCUUCAUCACGAGUUAUCCAACAGCCGUCGUCAAGGCAGUCCAAAGUCCCUAUCACAUUCAUCAAUCACGAUACGAAGUCAUGGCGUGCGACGGAACGCCAAUCGCAAGAAGCCCUUUCCCACGCAGCUUUGGUUUCGCAUAGACGGCGAAAGUCCCAAAACCUUGGAUUGACGGUUUCUAGCGAUCGAUCAGAAGCCCCCCUCCCGGCCGCGUUCAGCUCGAGAUGGAGCACAGUCUCGACCUCAAAUGCUUCCGAUAAGAGGAGUGGUGGUUCUAUCCUGAACAGUACAGACAAGAAAUGGAAAGUUUUUACUCCCCGGAGUAUCCGUCAAGAACACGAAAGACGGACACACAACACCGGAGACGACAAGUCGACCGAUCUUUUCGAGGCCGCAUAUGUUCUCGCUUGCCGAGUGCUCGGCAGCAGCAAUCCUUUCGAUGUAGCAGCCCUGCCUCUGUCGCCUCGAGAUUCACACCUGAUCAAACUUGCACACUCCUUUGGUCUGUUCUCAGGCGGCUCGGCCACGGCUAGCAAACUCGUUUCUCGGGACAUCAUGGAUGGCUGGGUCUCAGAUAUUCAACUCUCCUUGUCCAACAAAGCUUUGCUUCAUGCGCUCAUCGCGCUGGGCGCCUCGAUCUGUGCUGGUGGAAGUGGAGAGAGGAAUGAUUCCUACAUCACCUACGCCGCCAAACACAAAUUAGUCGCCAUCUCGAGCCUCCGCAAUAUCUCAACAGAGCAGCUCCGAACUUACCGUAGCCUGAUUCUGAUCCGGCUCCUAGUGGCUUGUGAGUUUUACGUCGAAGAUAUCGCAGCCGCGGACGUGCACCAAAAUGCGCUGCAUCACCUCUUUAGCGACAUGGCGAGGGCUAGUGGCAUCUCCCACUUAUCGAUCGGCACAAGCGACAUCUGGACGGCGGCGAUUCAAGGCCAUCGAACUCGAUCCAGGGAGGGAGACCACGACCCUGGCCCAUGGCAACAAUGUUUCUCGGCCGCUGCGUUCAGGCUCGUGAAGGAGUACGCAUCGGCUCUCGCCCACAAUUUGCCGCAAGCAUCCUCCAUCGACAUCUCACUCCGAUUUAACGUCAAGCUUUUGGCGAUCGUGGAACGAAUCAGGGACAUUACUCUUGUUGACGGGGCCGCCAAACACUACGCGUGGAACACAGAGAACCGCGACGUCGAGCAUGAAAUCAAGAGGUGGUUGCACUUUUACCGCACUGAGACUUCGAAGCUCCUGAACAACGUCGCGGUGGAUCAUGCAGAAGCGUUGUCGUCGAAGAACCUGGCCUCCAAGUUCGUCGGAUAUCACGCGCUGAGUGGCGCCGUGGCACUAGCCCUGCGCUUUCAGUGGCUGUUGAUCAGCCACAUCGGUUCCGUCUCCCAGAUUCGACUUCGAUAUUGGGACUUGAACGCAAACGCGACGCAGCGAAGGCUUCUCAAGGCGAUCCGAAUUUUCGAGGAAAGCCCGGUCCACAAAGAGCAAGAGAACAUGUGGUUUUUUGUCCUGUUCAUCCACGCUGUGUCUGUGCAGUACCUGAAGCAUAUCAAUUCGUUCGUGGUGGUGAAAGAGGAAGGGUCCCUCGCGGACAGUGACAGCGCGCUUAGGGAGACCCUCGAGAGACUCAAGCGGGAGAAGCUUCGCCGCGGCCUCCAGGACGCGUCCGAAGCAAAGGAAAUCCUUCUUGGAUUUUGGUAUCACAAGUGCUAUGAUGAUUCCCGCUUGGGAGCGGUUUGGCAGGUCCUGGUCGGGUAGGACGGAGUGCCAGGCCGAUUCACUAGGCUUCACUGCGACUCUCUUGCUCCGAGCAGACUAUUCAUCCCAGCAAUUACAGAGCAGCUUUUCAUUUCUCCGACGCUCCGGCAAACAAUGGCUAACUGAAUCCCCC